AUGUCACCUAUUUCCAAUUUUCAAGAGCGCACGCAUUCUGACACCAUUGUGCUAUUCGAUGUUGAUGGUACCUUGACACCAGCCCGCCAGACGGUGUCCCAGGAUAUGCUCGACACGCUAUCCAACUUGCGUCAAAAAGUGGUGAUUGGCUUUGUAGGAGGCUCAGAUUUGAGCAAGCAAUUAGAACAGCUUGGGCCUAAAGUACUUGACAACUUUGAUUAUUGUUUUGCUGAGAAUGGCCUCACCGCCUAUAGAUUGGGCGAACAGAUGAAAUCUCAGAGCUUUAUUGAAUGGAUCGGUGAUACCGAAUACAAUAGGCUGGUCAAGUUUAUCUUGCAUUACAUUGCUGAUCUGGAUAUCCCAAAGAAACGGGGUACAUUUAUUGAGUUUCGCAAUGGCAUGAUUAACGUGUCACCUAUUGGACGCAAUUGCACACGCGAAGAGCGUAACGAAUUUGAAAAGUUUGAUCUUGCCCGUGGUAUCCGUGCCAAGUUUGUCGAGGAUUUGAAAAAGGCGUUCCCACAUCUUGCCCUGACGUACUCAAUUGGGGGUCAAAUUUCCUUUGACGUGUUUCCCACAGGAUGGGACAAGACCUAUUGUUUACGUCAUAUCAAACAAGAAGGCUUCAAGACCAUUCACUUUUUUGGCGACAAGACAUUUCAAGGUGGCAAUGAUUAUGAAAUCUACACCCAUCCCGAGGUGACCGGUCAUUCAGUCACUUGUCCACAAGACACUAUGGCCAUUCUCAAGGAUCUAUUUCAAUAA